AUGCUGCGAUUGAAGCAGCUUGCAGCCCUGCAGCAGCUUGGAGACAGGUACUCACCUGCGGAGGCGGUUCGCCCGCCACUGUGGGGGGCGCCGGCCGACGACGGCCCGCACCCGGCAGCGGUCCAGGAGCGGACCCGGGAGCAGCUCGGCAGGCUCCGCGACAGCUUGGCUCCACCGCCAAGGGCGGCUGGCCAGGGGGCAUUAGGCCCCCCGCCGGCGCCGGCGACAGCGUCACAGCAUGCUCCGGAGUACCGCCCACACUGGUUCGACCCAUCGCCAGAUCGACCAUCACCAGCAGCGAGAGCACAGGACCAAGAGGAGUGCCGAGCACAGGCAGCGGCGGCGCCGCCAGCCCCUGCCUGGCAGGUGGACGGCGACGAUUGCGCCGACGCGCUGCGCCCGUGGGAUCCGGGACGCUCGGCGUGGAAGCAGGCCUGGCGCGAGGCGCAUGCCAAGGGGCGAUCGCGGGCCCACCGCGUGUUUGAGUGGCAGCUGCUCCAUGCGGCGUUGCCGUGCGGCGGGGAGAGG